AUGGCGCCCAAGCGCGUGCACAAGGUCCCACAGCGCGCCAACACUUUCCAAGCCAACGCGAGCUCGAGCAGUUCAUCGUCGUCCCCAGGGCGCGCCCACACAUACCAGCCCGACAGGAAUUCGAGCACUUCGUCGUCGUCGUCGUCGUCAAGUUCCGCGGCACCGCGCAGGGACAGUGGCGAUCCCGCGGCAAGGGUGGGUACAUCGAUGCCCAGCGCCGCAGGGGAACACCCGAAGGCCACGCGGAUGGUGGAAGAGCGGCAGGAUGACGUCAUCAUUUGGGUUCAGGCGCGCUUCCGGGGCGCCCUGUCUCGUGAUCUGGCGAGGAGAAGGAAGGCCGACGCGGCGAUCAGGCUGGUCCAGGCGCGCUUCCGGGGCGUGCUGGGGCGCGAGGACGCAAAGGAGCGGCUGCGGCUUCGCAACGGUGUCUGGGCCCUCGGCGACCACGAGGCCGGGCGAUUCGUCAACCGCCGCCGCGACGAGCUGCUGGCACACAAGCGCUGGCCCUCGCCCACGAG